UAACGCCGCGACGACGACGGUCGGGAGCACCCCACCGCCGUCCGCGGCGAAGCAGCCCGCGGCGGAUCCGCCGGAGAUGAGGGCGCCCGUCGGGGGGGACGACGGACGAUUGAACGAGGCGGAGCGACGGACGGCGCCGGCGCCGGUCGAACCCACGCCGGCGUCGCCCGUGGUGUUUGCUCGCUCGCGGACGACGACACGCGACGACGAUGACGACGACGAUGACAAGAGGACGGUCCCGGUUCCGGCGCGGUCCCAACGCGGGGUCGGUUCCCCGGGGCUUGUCGACUCGCCAACGCCGGCGAACCUGGCGUUUGCGCGGUCCCGGCCCGGGGGUCGCGCCGCUCCGCAUCUCACCUCGGUCCCUCCUCCCACGGCGGCGGCGGCGAAGGAACCGGGUCCGGCGACGAAUGACUCCUCGGAACCGGGUCGGGUCGCAGUCUCGGGUUUGUCGCGUUCACGCCGGGGCGCCGGCGCGAGCGAGGGUCCGACGACGACCCCGGCGGACAGGCCGGCGGCCGCGGCGAAUAAGUGGGGCGCCGUGAAGGGGAAGGUUGUCGCGCCGAGGACCCCGGGGGUGGCGGAUGUGGCCGUGCGAGUGGUGGCGGAGAUGGCGCGAUCCAGGCGUCCGGCGAAGGACUAACUUUUCUUCGACGAUUGAUUCAUUCUACC